AUGUCUUUUGGCACCAGCAACAAAACGGGCUUUUCCGUGCGGGACAUCCUGGAUCUCCCUAACCCCGCAGGGAGAUGCGGCGCCGGCUCCGGCACCGAGGAGACGGAGGAGGAGGACACCGAGGAGGCCUCCGCGGAGGUCUCAGGCUCUGAAAACGCGCCCGUGUUCGGAUUUAACGGAGGAAGCUACGGCAGGUGGAGCCGCGGAUCCGUACACAGUCUUACCUUAAACUCCCGUCCGGAGCCCAAAUCUCCGGAGCUCUCCACGGAUGAGUCCCCGGACGCGGACCGGGACGCCGCUGGGGCCGCCGCGCAGAAGACGCGCGGCAGGAAGCGACGCGUCCUCUUCUCCAAAGAGCAGACCUUCGAGCUGGAGCGUCGCUUCCGGCAGCAGCGUUACCUGUCCGCCCCGGAGAGGGAGCACCUGGCCGGGCUCAUCCGUCUCACCCCGAACCAGGUGAAGAUCUGGUUCCAGAACCACCGCUACAAGAUGAAGCGGGCCCGCGUGGAGCACAGCCUGGAGGCGCUGCAGCUGCUGCCGGCCCGCCGCGUCGCCAUCCCGGUGCUGAUGCGGGACGGGAAGCCCUGCGACCGGAUCACGGCGCAGGACCUGGAGGUGACGCUGAGGUCCGGGCUCAGCCUGCCUCUGUGCGCCUACUCCCCGCUGCUGCACCCCGCAUACGGCCCGGAACAUCCCGGCCUGCCGCAGCAGCACCCAGGGGUGCAGCAGCUGGCGCACAUGUACCACUGGAGCUGGUGAAAUCCGGGACUUAAACGCCUAAUGAACUCCACGGCUGAAAAAUCUGACGUUUU